GACGUCACUUCCGGUACCUCUCUCAGUCUCUCAGUGGAAACGGUGCGGCGACGGUGGCCGAGCGAGGCCAAGCGGAGGAGGAGGAGGAGGAGAAGCGGAGGAGGCGCCAUGCUGGAAACGGCGGGCCCAGACCCGGAGCUGGACCCGGAGGAUUUGGUCCACUUCUCGGUGGGGGACCUGCCCAGCCGGGGCUACGGCGUGAUGGGCGAGAUACGGAGGCAGGGGAAGCUCUGCGACGUCACUCUCAAGGUCGGAGACCACAAGUUUAGCGCCCACCGGAUUGUCUUGGCAGCUUCGAUCCCGUAUUUCCACGCCAUGUUCACGAACGACAUGAUGGAGUGCAAGCAAGACGAGAUUGUCAUGCAGGGCAUGGACCCAAGCGCACUAGAAGCUCUGAUCAACUUUGCCUACAACGGUCACUUGGCGAUAGACCAGCAGAAUGUCCAGUCCUUGUUGAUGGGAGCCAGCUUCCUGCAGCUGCAGAACAUCAAGGAUGCCUGCUGCUCCUUCCUCAGAGAGAGGCUUCACCCAAAGAACUGCCUGGGCGUGCGCCAGUUUGCCGAGACCAUGAUGUGUGCCGUACUUUACGACGCUGCCAACAGCUUCAUCCACCAGCACUUUGUGGAGGUCUCCAUGUCGGAGGAGUUCCUGGCCCUGUCCUUCGAGGACGUCCUGGAGCUGGUCUCGAGGGACGAGCUCAACGUGAAGCUGGAGGAGCAGGUCUUUGAAGCUGCCUUGGCCUGGGUGAGGUACGACCGCGAGCACCGAGAGCCCUUUCUGCCCGAGCUCCUCUCCAAAAUACGGCUGCCUCUCUGCCGGCCCCAGUUCCUCACGGAUCGCGUGCAACAGGACGACCUGGUCCGCAGCUGCCACAAGUGCAGGGACCUGGUGGACGAAGCGAAAGACUAUCACCUCAUGCCGGAGCGCCAGCCGCACCUCUCUGCUUUCAAAACCCGGCCUCGUUGUUGCACCUCCAUCGCAGGACUCAUCUACGCCGUCGGGGGACUCAACUCUGCAGCAAAUUUCUACGCAGGCGACUCGCUGAACGUGGUGGAAGUCUUCGACCCCGUUGCCAACCACUGGGAGAAGUGCCAGCCCAUGACGACGGCCCGCAGCCGAGUCGGUGUGGCCGUGUUGAACGGGCUCCUGUACGCCAUCGGGGGCUACGACGGGCAGCUGAGGCUCAGCACCGUGGAAGUGUACAACCCGGAGGCCGACUCCUGGUCCAAAGUGGGGAGCAUGAACAGCAAGAGAAGUGCCAUGGGGACGGUAGUGUUGGAUGGACAAAUCUAUGUUUGCGGCGGGUAUGACGGCACUUCUUCCCUCAACUCGGUGGAAGCCUAUUCCCCUGAAACAGACCGGUGGACCGUGGUGACCCCCAUGAGCUCCAACCGCAGCGCGGCCGGAGUGACGGUAUUCGAGGGCCGGAUCUUCGUCUCUGGCGGACACGACGGGCUCCAGAUCUUCAACAGCGUAGAACACUACAACCCCCACACAGCAUCGUGGCACCCAGUGGCCAGCAUGCUCAACAAGCGCUGCCGACACGGAGCCGCGGCCCUCGGUAGCAAGAUGUAUGUCUGUGGCGGCUACGACGGCUGUGGCUUCCUCAGCAUCGCCGAGGUGUACGACUCCAUGUCGGACCAGUGGUACCUGAUUGUGCCCAUGAACACCCGCCGCAGCCGCGUCUCCCUCGUGGCGAACUGUGGCCGCCUCUACGCCGUGGGGGGCUACGACGGACAGUCCAACCUGAGCUCCGUAGAAAUGUACGACCCGGACACCAACCGCUGGACGUUCAUGGCCCCCAUGGUGUGCCACGAGGGGGGGGUCGGGGUCGGGUGCAUCCCCCUCCUGGCCAUCUGAGGGGGCCGGUGGCGGGAGCGAGGGACGGUCGGUCAUACAUGCGCACCAUCACUGACAGGGCAGGAAAGAGACCCCGUUCGUCACAAAGGGACGGUUGACGAACGUCUGCUCUACCAAGAGAGGUACAUCCCAUUUCAAGGUGCUUGGAACGUUGUCCUUUGGGGAAAACGCACAAAAAUGGAACCACGUCCCUGCGAUGCUGGUUCUGUGGGGUUCAAAGGUUCAGGCUACUUGAACAAAGCUGCCCUCCGCUUUCUCCUACACUGACAUGCUUCCGACUUCUUUAGGCCGUUCACUCCUUCACCUUCCAUGAUGCUGCGCUGAUCCAUUUGUGAUUACAUUUGUGAGGGUUUGAUGGAAUAGUAGCGUGUGUUGCAUGAAGCAGAGGCUGGAAGGAUGCAGGCAUCCUGAUGUUGCUAGAUUUCAAGUCCUAGAGGACGCUGGUGCAUCAUUCUGGGGUUCCCACUCAAGGUAUAAAGCAGGCAUGGUAAACUUGGGCCCUUCCUCCAGGUGUUUUGGACUUCAACUCCCACCAUUCCUAACAGCCGGUAGGGAGUUGAAGUCCAAAAGACCUGGAAGGAGGGCCCAAGCUUGCCCAUGCCUGGUAUAAAAGAUAGGUCAAGACAACUUUCAGAAGAGGAAUUUCCUUGGCAUCAUGUCUGCUGGUUUUUCAACUUGACGCCCUGCUUACUCCCAGCACCGGGAUUCAGCUGUUUUCCUGGGCUUAGAACAUUUCAGGUUGAAAGAUGAGGCGCUGAUAAGAGGUUUGCUAUUUUCUUGAUGAGUUUCAGCAUUAAAUGUAAAGGAUGGAGGUAUGAACCACCAAACUAUGACAGAUUCACUUUAGAGCAGGGACUCUGUAUCAGACAUCCUUUCAGGCUUGAAAGCAAAUUAACCCUCUGUCAUUGCCUUCAAAACCAGUCUAUGCUUUUCCUGGCUGUUUUGGUAGUACAGAUUAACACUGUCCCCUUGUGUCAGACAGCUGAUUUUGUCAACAAGGUGUUUGAGAAAGUGUGAGGACACCUUUAAGGUCCUGGAGUGUUGUGUGGUUUCCGGGCUGUAUGGCCAAUGUGUUCUAGCAGCAUAUUCUGACGUUUAACCUGUCAGGGGGACGAUUUGGGGUGCGUCUCUGGUUGCCAUGCAGAGUGGGUUCCAAAAAUCAUCAUCCUGGUCUCACCGAUCCCUCCUUCUCCAGGCUGCCUUCUCAUACGGAGAAUCAGCACUGGUCAACAAAACACCAGCAGUCGAAGGUUCAGUUGAAAAUCCAACGGUACUUAAACUUUAUUUACAUCACUAUAUAAGGUUGCAGUCAUUUGCAAUAAGUCCCAGACACAUGGCAGUGUCUCCUUGGCUACAAAGCAAAAACUUUCAUUGUCCAUCUUCAGUGAACGCUCGCGCAGAACACACAAAGUACACUCCCCUGCAUUCCACAGAUCAUGUAGGAAGUCCCGGUCAAUCAGACUUGACCCCAUUGGUCCUGUGUUACAUCAAUCAAAGCAGGUUCUUAUUAACUCCUCCGUUGCUGAAACUCAUACAGAAAAACAUUCCUAACAGCCUAGAUUGAUUUUAACAUUUCACACAAUUCACAAUACCCUGACAUAACCUGCAUCUGUGGUUGGCGUCUUCAAACAUUGGUUCCUUCUCCCACCUUGGACACUCCAAAGGUAUAUACUCAUCUCGCUUGACUAGCAUCAGAUCCUCUGAAGAUGCCAGCCACAGUUGCAGUGGAAACGUCAGGAGAAAAUGCUGCUAGAACACAUUGGAAACUACACGACACCCCAGUGAUUCCGGCUGUGAAAGCCAUGAUGGUUAUGUGAAGAUGCAGUGAGGAAGGUUGCAGUUUCUGCCCCAGGUUCCUCCAAAUGCUCAGUUCAAAACACAUUGGGCAUCUUGUAAAGCAGGCAUGAGCAAACUUUGUCCCUCCAGGUGUUUUGGACUUCAACUCCCACAAUUCCUAACAGCCUACCGUGUUAUGCUGUACUACCAUGACAGCCAGGAAAAGCAUAGACUGGGAUUGAAGGCAAUGACAGAGGGUUAUUUUGCUUUCAGGCCUGAAAGGAUGUCUGAUAUAGAGUCCUUUAUUGGAGUCUUUGUCACUCCAAUAAGAAUGGCGCUGGACAUUUCCAAGAGCUUCCCAAGGACCCUUCCAGUGUCCCAGAAGGAUGUUGGGGGCUAUUUGUGAACCAAAAGCACCCAUUGGUGAGUGUUUCUGGCUUUCCAAGUUCAUCUUGGGGGAGAGCUUGUCUUCCUAGCCGCUAUUACUUUGCUAUAGAAGGGAUUUGUGGGAAUUUGGUUGGAAUUUCCGCAGCCAGUUUGGCUCUUCCGACCUGCUCAGCGCUGGGGAUUUCCAUUCAACCAAAGUCUUUCACCCCCAGAUGCCACCCCAAAUGGUGACCAGGUGCCACCAUCAAGAAGGGCCUCUGGCCAUGUGCAUCCAUGUGCCCAAAAGCAUCAUGGAUGAAACUUGAAGCAAAGGAAAAAGAAGGGGUGGCACGCAAGCCCUCCAUUCCCCCUCUUCCCGAUAUAUUUAACUUGAAUUUCUUCUUUCAGCUGGUCAGUCAUUCUUUCCUUCUCCGUGAAUGUAAAGUCGUGUCUUGAGACGUUUUCCGCAAACCACGAAGGCUGUGCGGAGCCGCAGGGCUGUUGCAUCCCAAAGGCUAGUUCUUCCAUAAACCCUGGGCGAAUAUAUGUACUAUGAACUGACAAGUUUGCAAAACCGACGUGUGUGUGUGUGUGUGGCACGUGGGCCAAAAAAAGAAAACAAAACAUUUUUUAAUCACUGCCAUUGUACAAAUCUUUUAAGUGUCAUAAAGAGCUGGUGUCCUUGUCUGACGGCAGCAGUCGUUUUCAUACGGAGCAACAAAAAAAAAGGGCCACCCGGUUCCAUAGCAAGUAAAUGUAUUCGUGCUCUUCAAGACCUUCCGGAAAUCAUGUUUGCUCGGUUUUUUUUACUGAUAUGGGUUGUAUUCAAGCGUCCGUGUUGCUGUAGGGUUUCCCUCUGGUGUGUACAUGUGGAUGUCGUAUGUUUACAGAUUAUAUAUAUAUAUAUGUAUAUAGAGAGAAGAUUUGUGUAUAAAGUUGGUGCACAAUGUGGGCCUAUCUGAAUGUCA